AUGGCUACCAACAUCACCUGGCACCCUUCCUUGUCGCGCAAGGAGCGUAACGAGACCCGUGGACAGCGCGGUCUCACCAUCUGGCUGACCGGUCUCUCUGCUUCUGGCAAGUCCACUGUCGCCACUGCGCUUGAGCAGCAUCUCCUUCACCUCGGCGUCGCUGCCUACCGUCUAGACGGCGACAAUGUCCGCUUCGGACUGAACAAGGACCUUGGCUUCUCAGAGGCUGACCGAAACGAGAACAUUCGCCGCAUCUCCGAAGUUGCCAAGCUCUUCGCGGACUCAUCCACCAUCGCCAUUACCUCUUUUAUCUCUCCCUACAGAGCUGAUCGCAAGGUCGCCCGUGAUCUGCACGAGCAAGCCACACAGGGCGGCGAUGAGCCAAUCCCCUUUAUCGAAGUCUACGUUGAUGUGCCCCUCGAAGUUGCCGAGCAGCGUGAUCCCAAGGGUCUUUACAAGAAGGCUCGCGCUGGUGAGAUCAAGGAUUUCACUGGCAUUUCUGCUCCUUACGAGGAGCCCGAGAACGCCGAGAUCACUAUCAAGACUCACGAGAGCUCAGUUGAGGAGUGUGUUGCUCAGAUCGUUCAGUGGCUCAGUGAGAAGGGUUAUCUCAAUAAGAAAUAG